AUGACUGAGCUGAAGGAUUCCUCUGGGCGAGCGCGGUAUGCAGAUGUCAACCAGUGGCUGCUCAAUGUUCUCGCAGAGCCACACACCCAGAGCUGCUUGCAGGAGCUGGAGAAUGCUGUGACGGCCUGGCAUUCACCACCAACUUUGCUCACCUCCAUUCCUGCCGCCCCGUCCAGAGACGAGACCUUCAGCUUCGCAGUCGCCUGGAGAAAGCUUGGCUGGAAAGAAGACAAGUUCUGCCGCUUCGCGCCGUCCGUCCCCCAGGUCAUCGACUGCAGCACAUUCUUACUUGACAGGGAGGGCUGCAACUCCGAAGAGUCCCCCAUAGUCGUGUACUUUGAGGACGCUGCUGGAGUCGAGCUGCAGGAUGGUGUCAUUUGUGUUGAUUCUGGCUCUGGGUGCGUCACAGCGUGCCACAUGGUGCUGGCAGUGGCUGCACUGCGAGGGUGGCACCAGCAGCCAUACUUCCAGACCUUGGCCCCCUACCUGUACAAGUGCAUGUUCUUGACCUGCCGCUAUGUGUAUGCCAAGGACUUGACGAAGCGCCGGCGACUCUCUAUUGUCAAGAAGAACGAAGUGACACAAAGGACCAUUCUCGCGAACUGCGUGGCUGAGCGGGGGCAGGGCAGCAACCUGCCAUUGCGCAAACUGGUUGAGGCAGAGCUUAGCAAGCUGGACCAGGCUGCUGGUCGCUCACAAGCAGGACGCCUGUCCUCCGUGGAGAAGAAUGCGGUGACCUUCCUCUGCCUCACAACCGAGCCAAUCCGGCAGAAGGUCCGCCUCAUCUGGGGUGAUGAGAAGGUGGCCCACAGCGCGGUCCCGACGGAGUUCCUGGACAUUAAGGGGCAGGGGCGCUUCCUGAUGGAGACCACAGUGCCAGAGGAGAAGGCGGAGUGGCGGGAGCGGACGGCCCCUGCAGAAGAGAAGCUGUUGCUGUGGCUGGACCGGCUGUCUGAGGCCUUCAGCUGGCGGGCGCAGGAAGCUUACGAGAAGUCAGAGCGCCCAUCCAUGGACGCUGUCGCGCACAAGUUUCGGGACACUGAGCCAGAAAUUGUCUACAGGACUUGUUGCAUGUUCCUUGAGAGCAGCCCGGACCAGAUCGCCCUCAUGUCUUCUGAGCGACAGCAGCACUUGCUCCAAGACUUCUUGCGUGGCAAGAUCAGCAGCAUGGUCCCCUCAGCCAAGGCCAUGGACCCAACGUAUCGGCCAAGGACCCAUCUACGCUUCUUGAGGGAAGCCAUGAGCAUGGCAUCUGGUGAUCAACAGGCGCUGCAGGCAGAAGAAGCGCAGGCAGAAGCUACCAGGCUGGAGCUGAUCAGGGUGCGCUUGGAGGGAGCACGCACGGAGUUCGCCCAACACGUCAGCAAGAUCAGCUCCCAUGAGGAGCAGUGCGAGGUAAAGCGCAUGGAGGGGAAGGAGGCGGCCCAUCAGGCUCUCAGCAGCAUGCUGGAGGUGCACCUCCAGCAGCUGUACACGGCCAGCAGCAUGUCCCGCGCAGAGAAUGAGGCUGCCACGGUAGAGCUCAGGCGCAGCAAGGCGGUGUCCAUCCACCGGCCAUCAUGGAGGAAGUUUGUGGAGGCAGCAGGCCGGACAGCUGCUGAAGCGCCGCUCCCUGAAGGAACGGCCGCCGCUGAACAACACACCAUGCUGCGGCUGAACAUGAUCGAUUGCUGCGCUAUGGGGCCCACGCACACGCAGCUCUACCCAGAAAUGAUCGAGGAUGCGGCAAAGGAGGCCGCCACAUUCCCAGCCACGUUUCUCGGCAUAUGCAAGCUGCCGAAUGCCCCGCCAGGUAGGCUGUGCAACGCCGAUCCAGAGGCAGCUGUGGAGGAGGCGCAGAAUGCUGUCCUGGAGAAGUUGAAGGAGACCGCAAACCACUUCAAGGUUCAGGUGGUGCAAGUGCAUUACGAUGCUGACACUGUGAAGUCACCCAAGAGGAAAUAUUGGCACCCGCUUGCAGUCUUCACCUCGGAUGAGCAGGAAGCCAACGGCAGCUACAAGUCUUUGUUCAUGAAGCGCAGCAUUUGGGUGCGCGGGUCCCUGGGUAAGUUUGUGGAAUGCAUGAGCCGCGCAGACUACAGGCACUGGACGGCAGACUGCAGCAGCCUUGCCAACGUCCUGGCUGCGUCCGCAGACAAUGAGGUGAGUGACUUGCGGCAACACCACAGCGGCCUCCCCCUGAACUUGCAGCUCCUGAAAGCCUGCCUGCACGGUUUCUCCACCAAGCUAACAGUUCAGGUGCGCGACUGGACACCUGCCGAUGACACCUUGAGCCAAGCUUGUAUGGCGCUGAACUCUGAGAAGCCCAGGUCCCUCCCCCGCAUCGCCUACACGGCCACAGCCUGGGAACAUUUCUUGCAGAUUGGCGCUGGGAAGAGGCUGAUCUCCAACCUCAACACCGCGAUGGCAGCAAACCUUCGCAAGAUGGUGUUGAACCAAGAGUAUGAGCUGCCCGGCCUCCGAGCUGAGGACUUCAAGGCAAUCACAGGCAGCGUAGAUGCUGAGGAUGCCUCAAGCAGGCCCCCAAUGCCCACAAAGAUCCAAUACUGCGUACCCCGCCAAGCCAAGAAGCAGUGGGAGCUGCCAAUUUUGGCACAGGAGAUCAGCAAGUGGAAAGCUGACCUGCCCAGCAUGGUUGGGGACAUUGAGGACCUGGUGCAGCAGCACAACAAGCUGGUGAACCCUUCAGGCACAGCUUAUGCAGCAGCUGCAAAACACGAGGCAGCCACACCCAAGCAGGCUGAGGUGGGCCUGCCGUUCGACCGCACCAAGGCUCUUCCAGACCUCAAAUGCACCAGCUGGCGAGCGUUGGCUAAAGCCUUACAAGUUUCUAGCCUAUGGCCCCGGGAGAUUGGCAGGCAAUUGGAUUUGGAGCAGCCAGGCGCUGCCGCUGCCCCAAUGGCCAGCAUGCGCCCCUCAUGA